ACACACACACUAAAACUCUGCCUCCCUGUGGUCUCCUUUGGUAGGAACUGGUGUCAGUACACAGUGUCAAAGAUUGUGUCAUGCCAGGUGCACAACGGGACGGAGACGCUGGUAAAGCGAGUGUUUCAGAGUUGCCGGUGGCCAGGACCCUGUUCUAACCUCAUCAGGUAUGAAUGGCACAGUUCACUCACUCACCCCCACAGGCCCUUCAUGCAGUGCGAGUGUCAUGCAGCGGCAAAUACAACUUCAGACAUGAGGGGUUAUGAUUUCAGUGUUGCGCUGGGACCCAUAUUGAGUUUAGGGAAUAUCUGCUCAUGUCAACAACCUAGAUAUAAAUCCUAAUGGGUUGCAGUAGCCUAUAAGGUAACAAACCAUCUUGCUGAGCCAAAAGCUUUGGGGGAAGGGCUACCAUUUUCAGGUUUCCCUUGGUCGCCUUCAGGAUAGCUAUGGGUCAAGUGCCACUACAUUUUGGUGUCUUCAGAAUCAUAAUUCUAUAUCUCGUGAAGACAAAGCCAUCUUGAGGGAAAAUAUCAGCUCAUUGAUUCUGGUUUCAGUUCAGCUGGCCAAGAGUCUGGCCAGAUGUUGCACAGGGGUCAUAAUUAUGAUGUGUUUAUAUUCUUUGCCUAAAGGGUCCUUUAUGUCAUCCAGCUUUGACUACAGACAGUCUAAUGACUGAUAAUUCACCCCCAUGGAAAUGCUCUUUGUUAAGUUGUUUGUUGGUCGAAGAAGGCAGAUUUAAUCCCUAGACCACCACACAGAGCAGCAAGUCAUCCACCAUUAAGGCAUAUGAAUAUGAUUUUUCCCAUUCCAGUAUUCCCAGGUCUGCCAUUGCUCACAGAAAAGACACUGAUGUAAGACCAUAGCCGUUUGUAACUGUGUGGUUGCAUUCCAUUGUUUUAUGUCUCUGGGAUCCAUCCAGAAAGACUACUUUAAUGGACUCUGGGUAUUCGGUCAUAGUGUUAAGCUUGGAUCAACAUUGUUAUUUUAUCCCUAUGUUAUAGAUGGGUUAAACAUCUUUUGAUUUAGAGUUAUUCCCAGUGUAAAGAGGUCAGUGUAAAGGAUUUGAAUGACGUCUGUGAAGGUUUGUCCUAAUGUUACUGACAUCAGUGUUAAGACCUCUAAUGAUGUCCAUGAAGUGAACACCUGCCCCAGUGCCACAAUGAUGCCCGUCAGUGACUAUACUCUGCUCUCAGUUACAGGACCCUGGUCCGGCCCACGUACAGGUUGACGUAUCGCCAGGUGACAGCAUUGGAGUGGAGGUGCUGCCCCGGCUUCCUGGGAGACGACUGCAAAGAGGGUGAGUAGAGUACUGUACAGAUGUAGGAUCUUCAUUUCAUCACUUUUGUUGCUGACAAUUUCCCUGUAAAUGCAGAUGAGCUUUGUGAUUUACAUAAAUUAACUGAAAACCCACACUAACACAUGGUUAUAUUAAGAGUAUUGCACUUUUCAUGUAGCCUACUUUUGGCCAGCUAAUUGCCUAACCACUGAUCAAGCAACAUUAUGGACUAAACGUUCAAAUUCUGUUGCUGCAGGAUUAUUUUGCUGUGUCAAAUUAAGAUCCUACAUCUGUACCUGUGUCUGUUCGUCCGUCCUACCGUCCGUUCGUCUGUCUAUCUGUCUGUCUGCCUUUUAAACUCAGAGAGUUGGUGAGCAGGAGGUAGAAAUGCCACAAGGGCACUGCAGUCAAAACAGGGGUCACCUUGUGUACCUCAUACAUUCUUUGAUCCUAAACUCCCUGCUAUGUACUGUAUGACACAAAAUCACAGGGUGAAAAACAAUGGCUGAUCUUCACCCACUCAUGCACUGUAUUCUAGGCUGAGCAUUUUGUUUUUGUGGUUUGUUUUGUUUAUUGAAUCUGACUGUGGUGUAAUGAAGACAAAAGAUAAGGAUGGUCACCAGAUUUGACUUACUUGUCCUCCCUCCUGGUAGGACUCUGUCACGAUCGUCAGGGAGAGACCAAGGCGCAGCGUUGCAGGUGAACAUAUUUAUAUUUAUUUAAUGAUCACACGAUCAAAACAACAAACGAAAAACGUGACGUCUAUGGUUUAAACACAAACCAACACGAACAAGAAACCACAAACACAAAGUGAAAGACAGACAGUUAAAUAUGGCUCCCAAUCAGAGACAACCAGCUGACACUCGUUGCCUCUGAUUGGGAGUCACUCAGGCCAACAUAGAAAUACAAACAUAGAAUACACACCCUGGCUCAACAUAACAGUGUCCCCAGAGCCAGGGCGUGACAGUACCCCCCCCUAAAGGCGCGGACUCCGACCGCGCCAACUAAAUACCACAGGGGAGGGACCGGGUGGGCACUCCGCCUUGGCGGCGGAUCCGGCUCCGGGCCUGACCCCCACUCCCUCUCCAACCCCCCAAAGUACCCCUGGUCCGGUCUGGCCCCGCUGGCCGGAGCUGGACUGCACACUGAUGGAGCGGAUUGCUCUAGCUCCGGCGUAACGCAUCUGACCGGUGCCGGACCAGGCACCAGUGGAACAGGCACGGGCCGUGCCGGACCGACGACGCACACCACUGGCUUGGUGUGGGGAACAGGCACGGGCCGUGCUGGACUGACGACGCACACCACUGGCUUGGUGUGGGGAGCAGGAGCGGGCCGGACAGGGCUGACGAAACGCACCACAGACUUGGUGCGGGGAGCAGGAAUGGGCCGGACUGGGCUGGCGACGCGCACCACAGACUUGGUGCGGAGAGCAGGAACGGGCCGGACAGGGCUGACGAAACGCACCACAGACUUGGUGCGGGGAGCAGGAAUGGGCCGGACUGGGCUGGCGACGCGCACCACAGACUUGGUGCGGAGAGCAGGAACGGGCCGGACAGGGCUGACGAAACGCACCACAGACUUGGUGCGGGGAGCAGGAAUGGGCCGAGCCGGGCUGACGAAACGCACCACAGACUUGGUGCGGGGAGUAGGAAUGGGCCGGACUGGGCUGGCGACGCGCACCACAGACUUGGUGCGGAGAGCAGGAACGGGCCGGACAGGGCUGACGAAACGCACCACAGACUUGGUGCGGGGAGCAGGAAUGGGCCGAGCCGGGCUGACGAAACGCACCACAGACUUGGUGCGGGGAGCAGGAAUGGGCCGAGCCGGGCUGACGAAGCGCACCACUGACUUGGUGCGGGGAGCAGGAACGGGCCGAGCCGGGCUGACGAGACGCACCACAGACUUGGUGCGGGGAGCAGGAAUGGGCCGGACUGGGCUGGCGACGCGCACCACAGACUUGGUGCGGAGAGCAGGAACGGGCCGGACAGGGCUGACGAAACGCACCACAGACUUGGUGCGGGGAGCAGGAACAGACCGGACCGUACUGGGGACACACACCACUGGCCCUACACCGGGAUCUGGAACGGGUCGGACCGGACUGGUAACACACCCCAGUACCUCUCGCCGUGCCUCUCCACCUUCCAUCCCCUCUUCGACCAGUGGCCCCCGUAACCUGGCGGCCUCCUCUGCCAACCCGCUGGACCGCUCUAUAGCGGCCUUCUGCUGCCCCGACGUCGUGAGCCCCCCCUAAAAAUUUUCUGGGGGUCUCUCCUCCCCGUGGGCCAGGCCUCUAUCGUUUUCGCCCAACUCUCGCUCCUCUGUCUCCAACUCCCGCUAUUCAGCUCCUCAAUGGGCUUGACCCAGUCGAAGCUCUUCCUCAACUGUUCCCAAGUCCACCCUCUCUGCUCCUCACAAGGCUUGACCCAGUCGAGGUUGCCACGGAGAUCUGCUAGCGAUGGCUCCUGGACACGCUGCUUGGUCCGGUUUUGGUGGUUUCUUCUGUCACGAUCGUCAGGGAGAGACCAAGGCGCAGCGUUGCAGGUGAACAUAUUUAUAUUUAUUUAAUGAUCACACGAUCAAAACAACAAACGAAAAACGUGACGUCUAUGGUUUAAACACAAACCAACACGAACAAGAAACCACAAACACAAAGUGAAAGACAGACAGUUAAAUAUGGCUCCCAAUCAGAGACAACCAGCUGACACUCGUUGCCUCUGAUUGGGAGUCACUCAGGCCAACAUAGAAAUACAAACAUAGAAUACACACCCUGGCUCAACAUAACAGUGUCCCCAGAGCCAGGGCGUGACAGACUCACUGUUCUGCUUUUUCUUGGGACAAUGUUCCUUAUCAUAAGUUCACAUCGGGCAAGCGGUUAAUGGACCAAAACAGUGUUUCUUCUGUUACCGAUACGGUGGUUCAGAGUUCAUUUAACUGAUUUUAUUUUACCUUUAUUUUAAAAGGGAGUCCAAUUGAGACCAAGAACAUGGCUCUGCUCCCCAUUUCAGACUGGAGCUCUGUUCAACAUAGGACCGGCGAUGACCCUCCUCUGUGCUGA